AUGGUGAUACGAGCAGAGGCCCAAUCCCUCGACACCCUCACCAGACUCGCCGACAACCCGCCGCUCCAAAUCCGCCGAUAUCCUCCUCAACCUCCUCCUCAUGACCCCCACGCUGCAGCUUCCCAUCAGCUUAAACUCUACAUCGUUCGAGUCCCAAACAGCCAAGAUAUCAUCCUCACCCCUCUAAAACCCCAGUGCAGCACCGUCACCGCCCAAGAUAUCGUCUCCUGUCUAUAUUAUCUACGCAUCCAACCUGUAGAAUCUCUUCAAAAACCUCGUUCGCAGUCCUUACAACCCGAUAGUUAUUCCUCACGUGGAACGGCAUCAUUCGAUGAUGCUAGACCUUCAUACCCACGCGCUUCCUUCAGCGGUGAAAGUUCGCGGAGUGACCAGUUGGUCCCCGGCGGUUACAACAAUGGCGUACAAAUGAAUCCUUCGUCAUCGAGUAUCCAUUCCAUGGGUAGCGGACCGAUGCCGACAAGUACAGAUUUUGAAAUCACAUUCAUCCGAAGAGAUCGUUUGACGGGUACUCAAACUACUAUCGGCCGUAUCUACUCAAACCAUAAUUCUCCAUUGGUCGAUAUACCCCAUAUGCCGAAUUCUUAUGCCGCCCAGAUGAUGCACCAGGAAUCUUUGGUGUCCAAGAAGGGUAGAAGGGAUCGGAAACGGUUAAAUCUGGAGGUUUAUACGGAUGGGUAUAGGAAAUUCGUGUGCCAGAAGCCUAUACGGACGCCGGCGACGCUGAAUGUUCCUGACACUACCCGUCCGUCUACCGCUACUAGCGAUGGUGGCGAAAGCGUCAGUAGCCGUGGUGGGUAUCUCUGGCCGGCACCGGUUCCACCUCCACCGCCUGGAUUCGAAGACGUUGGACCUCCACCUCCACCAAAAGACCUGUUUGGGCCGCCAAUGAUGAGUCCAGCUAUGUCCCGUGUAUCCUACCAAUCGAGGUUUACAGAGGUCUAUUCGCCAGAUAGUCCUAACCCAUCAAUAAGGCGACCGCGUCCACAACAUCAACAACCGGAAACACCAGCAGCACAGAGUCCAGAUAUAGACGACGAUUCCGACGAUAUCUUCAAACGUACGUUAUUCCUCCAAGGCGAAGGAUUCUGGAAAUCCACCGGAAAACGUCUUUCCGCCUUCCACCGUCGAAAGCGUUCCGACUCCCCAGGUUCCCAUAACCGAUACCAACAACAACAACCUCAACAAUCUCAAUACACUGUCGACGAAGAAACCCGUGUGGCAAUGGAGCAAAUGGGUCUCUACUCAACUUCUCCGAAUUACUGCCCACCAGGAAGUGGUUCCCCCGAUGAAAAACUAGACAAAGAAACAAAGGGGAAAGGAUACGUCUUCGAACCUCCACAAAAGGGUACAGGGACCUGUGAAUUCGAAACGAACGGUGUCGGUCGAAAAAUCAGAUUAAAACUCCACCCACCCAGCACUAUCGCCGGUAGUCCAUUCGGUAACACCACGGUCGUAAAGGCCGACCCGAUUCUCCUUUCAACCUUAUCUUUACGUCCACCAGAUGCGGAUAGAAGUCCAUCUCCUUCCGGAACUUCUUCAAGACCAGGUCAUUCGAGAGGUCUAUCGAAAUUCAAGUUUGGAGAGAAGUUUAAGAAGUUGCAGAGGGAGAAUAGUUGGACCGAACAGACGGAACAUGAUGCUGGGGGUGGGUUGAGGAGUAAAUUGGGGAGUUUGUUGGUUGAAGGGGAGGGGAUGGAUGUGCUUGACUUGGUGGUGGUUAGUAGUAUGGGUGUGUUUUAUAAGAGGUAUUGUGAGUGGUCGGAGGAUUUGAAGGAGAGUGGUGGGGUUUAG